AUGACGACACUAAGCACACCCUUCAACUGGCACACUCUUGAAUUUCCCAGUUCAGAAACAAACACUUUUCAUGAAGAAGUAGCAGCACCAAACCUGCAGAACCUUUUUCCCUACUCGGAUGAAAGCUUCUACCUUUCAAAUCCAAUUUUUGAGAACUAUAUUGACCCCAGUCACUUUCUUUACCCUUCGGAGGUUUACCCUCCUUAUGAUCCUUUCGUUCCAUUCACCUAUCAUGACAUUUUUCCAACUCAUGAAGAUCACACAGUCUUCUCCCAUGUCCAAAAGGCCAAAAGUGCUGCUAUGAUAAUACGUGCUCCUUGCAAGGAGAGGAAGUGCAACAAGAAAUUUUCUAUGAGAUUUCACAACUUGAGCAUAGCAGCAAGAGAAAGGAGAAAAAAGAUCAGCGAGAAGACUCAAGAGCUUGGGAAAUUGGUUCCUGGUGGACCAAAGAUGAACACAGCAGACAUGCUUCAUGCAGCUGCAAAGUAUGUUAAGUACCUUCAAGCCCAAGUUGGAAUGCUUGAACUCAUGAUCUCAUUCGAGAAAGAUAAAGCAACACCUCCUUAUGAAAUUCUACACAAUCUGAUUGUUUCUCCCUUGGUUGAAGAGAAGUUGUACACUGGGGAAAUGUGUUUUGCUCUAAAAGAAAUUGUCACCACUUUGACAAAUCAUGAGGAUGUUCAAUCAAGACCUACCAUCGCUGAGGAUCUGGAUCUUAAACAGCUGAUUGGGACAGACAUUGAGGAGAAAGCAAAGCAAGAAUAA